CACCGGGGGUUCGCCUUCAUCGAGUUCGAGCUGGCAGAGGAUGCAGCAGCAGCGAUUGACAACAUGAACGAGUCCGAGCUCUUUGGCAGGACAAUUCGGGUGAACUUGGCCAAACCCAUGCGGAUUAAAGAAGGAUCAUCCAGACCUGUCUGGUCAGAUGAUGACUGGCUGAAGAAGUUUUCAGGGAAGACUUUGGAGGAGAACGCAGAGGAGGGAGGAGCAGAGGCUCCCAAAACAGACGUGCAGGAGGGUGAGCCUCCUGCCAAGAAAUCCCGGGUCAACCCUCAGGUUUACAUGGACAUCAAGAUCGGAAACAAACCUGCGGGGCGGCUGCAGAUCCUCCUGCGCUCGGAUGUGGUGCCCAUGACCGUAGAGAAUUUCCGCUGCCUCUGCACCCAUGAGAAAGGCUUUGGCUUCAAAGGGAGCAGCUUCCACCGCAUCAUCCCCCAGUUCAUGUGCCAGGCUGGUGACUUCACCAACCACAAUGGCACCGGAGGCAAAUCCAUCUACGGGAAGAAGUUUGAUGAUGAAAACUUCAUUCUGAAACACACGGGGCCAGGGCUGUUAUCGAUGGCAAACUCGGGCCCAAACACCAACAGCUCCCAGUUCUUCAUCACGUGUGAGAAAACAGACUGGCUGGACGGGAAGCACGUGGUGUUUGGGGAGGUGACAGAGGGCAUGGACGUGGUGCGGCAGAUCGAGGCUCAGGGCACUAAAGAUGGGAAACCGAAGCAGAAGGUGAUUAUUUCAGACUGUGGAGAGUGCCCCUGAGCUCGGCUCU